AUUGUUUUAUGUAUGAUGUGAAGUAGGGAUGCAAUAUGGUAGUCAAGUCACUAGUAGAUUUAUGGCACUGAUGGAGACAGAGUCUGUGUGGCUCUUCUGAAAAGCUUGGGACAUUUUAUGUUGAUUAAAUUUCACAUGAAACCCUCACAACAUUCCUCCUUUUGAGAGUUGAGAGACCAGCAAAAUCUCUCGAAAGACUUUUAAUCUUCACUUAAUUUCGAUAUUGAGAAUUGCAAUCCCUGUGAUUGGUUUAAACAUAACCCCAUGUCAAUUUUAAUGGUUUCUCUUUCUCCAUAAAAAUAUUUUAUUUGAAUUCUUUCAUGCAGAGCCUUUAGUUUUAAUAAUUUCUCUGCAACACUCCCACUGGAACUUGGCAAUUUAGUCAAACUUGAACGUUUGUGAGUUAUAACUUUCUUCUAGUUCUUUGUAGCUCAAUAAGUUUGUGCAGUAACAAGCAUAUCACUGGAGACUAAACAGUUUUGGUUUAUGAAUGUAUAGUUACAUUGACAGCUGUGGAGUUGGUGGUGAAAUUCCCUCAACAUUUGCUAACCUUCUAAACAUGCAAGCAAUGUGUUUAUCAGACAAUCCUUUCACAGGGAAGAUACCUGAUUUCAUUGGCAACUGGGCAAACCUUAAAUUAUUGAGACUUGAAGGGAACUACUUUGAAGGUCCUAUACCAUCCAGUUUUCCUAAAUUAACCUCUCUAGAAUCUCUGCGAAUCAUUGGUCUAUCCAAUGUGAGCUCUUCUCUUGAUUUCAUUAGAAAUUUAAAGAAAUUAACUAGCUUAAUUUUAAGAAAUGCAUUAAUUACUGGUAGUAUUCCAUCUGAUAUUGGAGAACUCCAACAUUUACAAAAUCUGGAUUUGAGUUUCAAUAACUUGACAGGCCAAAUUCCGAGUGCUUUGUUCACCAUAAGUUCUCUUAAAUACUUGAUUCUUGGAAAUAAUAGUCUGUCUGGUACCAUCCCUAUCCAAAAGAGUGAAAACCUAAUGAAUAUAGAUUUAUCUUAUAAUUUUCUGUCUGGAAGUUUUCCUCCAUGGGUGCGCACAAUCGAACCAUUGAAUCUAGUAGCCAACAACUUCACAUUUGACAAGUCAAACGUUAGUCUUUUUCUAGGGUUGAAUUGCCUUCAAAGAAGCUUCCCGUGCAGCAGGAGCUCUCCACGCUAUGCAAACUUUGCAAUCAAUUGUGGUGGCCCGGUGGUGUUUGCUGAUGGGAUAAGAUAUGAGGCCGAAACCUCUUCUCUUGGCAUGGCAUCAUUUAAUGUAAUUGAUACCGAGAAAUGGGCAGUUAGCAAUGUGGGUUCGAUUACUGAUGUAGUUGUUGCAGCCAAUAAGCAAAGUAGCUUGGAACCAGUGAGAAACACAAACUCACCAGAACUUUAUCAGACUUCAAGGAUAUCUGCUGGAUCACUCAGAUACCAUGGCUUAGGCCUAGAGAAUGGGCCUUAUACAGUUAACUUGCUUUUUGCGGAAACAGCUCUCAGAGAUCAAAGCAACCAUACUUGGGAGAGUCUGAGAAGGCGAGUUUUUGAUAUUUAUAUUCAGGGAACCAUUGUAUUGAAGGAUUUUGACAUAUCAAAUGAGGCAGGUGGGGUUAACAGAGCAAUCACUAAGAAUUUCAUUGCUACUGUAUCAGAGAACCAUCUUGAAAUUCACCUAUUUUGGGCUGGUAAGGGAACUUGCUGCAUACCACAACCAGGUUCCUAUGGACCAUCCAUUUCAGCAAUCAGCGUGGUAUCAAAUUUCACACCAAAUAUAAGUUGGAUUGACCCACGUACGGCAAACGAGAAUAGGACUGGGUUGAUUGUUGGUGUUGCAGUUCCUGUGGGAGUUGUCACCUUCACAUUGAUAUUGAUAUUUGUAGUCUUCUACAUGAGAAGGAAAAAAGAUGAUGAUGAGAAAGAGCUUGUUGGAAUCGGACCCAGACCAAACACCUUCAGUUAUGCUGAGUUGAGAGCUGCAACAGAUGAGUUCAGUCCCUCAAAUAAGUUAGGAGAAGGGGGAUUUGGUCCGGUAUACAAGGGUAACCUUUCUGAUGGGCGGAUUGUAGCUGUGAAGCGGCUUUCAGUAGCAUCUUACCAAGGGAAGAGUCAGUUUGUUACUGAGAUUGCCACCAUAUCUGUGGUGCAACAUCGCAACCUUGUUAAACUGUAUGGGUGCUGCAUUGAAGGAAACAGACGCCUCCUUGUUUAUGAGUAUCUUGAGAACAAAAGUCUAGACCAAGCACUCUUUGGAAAUAAAGACUUGCAUCUUGAUUGGCCAACCCGCUUUAGAAUCUGCCUGGCAACUGCUAGGGGACUAGCUUAUCUUCAUGAGGAAUCAAGGCCGAGGAUCAUACACAGAGAUGUAAAGGCAAGUAACAUUUUGCUUGAUGCUGAGCUGUGUCCGAAAAUAUCUGACUUUGGAUUGGCAAAGCUAUAUGAUGACAAGAAAACUCACAUCAGCACCCAGGUUGCAGGAACUAUUGGCUAUUUGGCACCAGAGUAUGCAAUGCGUGGCCACCUCACUGAGAAGGCAGAUGUUUUCAGCUUUGGUGUUGUUGCUUUGGAAAUUGUCAGUGGAAGACCAAACUCUGACAAUAGACAGGACAAUGACGAGAUCUAUCUUCUUGAAUGGGCAUGGACUCUCUAUGAAAGCAACCAAAGUCUAGGUCUGGUGGAUCCAACCCUAGUGGAGUUUGAUGAAACUGAAGCUUUAAGAAUGAUAAGAGUGGGACUCCUGUGCACGCAAGCAUCACCAAUGAUGCGACCACCCAUAUGCAUCUUCAUUGAACUGGAUGAAAAUCACUGCUUAUGAUGUUUUUAAUGGUAGGAAUGGCAUCUUGGUCAUUUUGCUACCAAAAUAAUUUAUCGGUUGUUCACAAAGAUUGUUUUCUUGGUUUGCCCUUGGUGCUUUGUGUCUCCUUUCUCAUUUGGAAUAUGGCUUUUAGGUCUUUUUGCUUUCUUGUGUUUUUGUAGUGUUUACGCUGAUCGACUUUCUUUUCGACAAAUACCUACUUUUAGUCUUUUACCUUAAUAAAUUUGUAGGUUUUAU